GCCAGUCACCUGCUGCUGAGAGAAAGCUCCAGAUCAACAUGGCCUCCUACAUGAAGAUGGUCGGAGUUGCUAGGCAGCUCCACAGAACUUCAGCUCUUGUUGGAAACUAUUUCAGGUCCGGACUGGUUUCUCAUCUGACGGAGACGACGGCCCUGAAUCGGUUUCAGUCCUCACGGUGCUACAGUAGCCGCGCGACCACACACUACACGUGUAACAUUCCGGGCAACACAGCAAUGACAGUGAACUGUAGACUGACUGCACGACCCAGCCGAUGGGUAAGGGUCGGGGCCGUUCAUCUCGCUCAAACCGGCGUUUUUACGUCGACCUCUCGACCCUUUAUUGUUCAAGGUAGGAUGUACGGGAAUCGAGGCAGUGCUGCGGGCUUCUCUGGAGAGGAUGGUGGGGAGAGCGCAGGCUCUGGGGGGGAAGAGUCUGGAGGAGAUGGGGGAGCACCUUACACUGGUCCUCAGAUGACAGCUCUCACCCCCAUGAUGGUUCCGGAAGUCUUCCCAAACGUGCCUCUGAUUGCUGUGAGCAGAAACCCGGUGUUUCCUCGUUUCAUAAAGAUCAUAGAGGUAAAGAACACAGCACUGAUGGAGCUGUUGAGAAGAAAGGUUCGUCUGGCUCAGCCUUAUGCUGGCGUCUUUAUGAAGCGAGAUGAUACUAAUGAGUCAGAUGUGGUGGAGUCUCUGGACGCCAUAUACUCUACCGGGACCUUUGUUCAGAUUCAUGAGAUGCAGGAUUUGGGAGAUAAGCUGAGGAUGAUCGUCAUGGGACACCGCAGGAUCCGGAUCACAAGACAGUUGGAGGUGGAGGCCGAGGAUGCGUCAACAUCCCCCGAGUUGUCAGAGUCUGAGCCGGAGUCCCAACUCAAACCUUCAAUAAGACGCAAAUCCAAACGCAGCCGCAAGGAGCAGCCAGGUUCUCUGACAGACCAGAUGGAGGACAAGGUUUCAGAUGCAGACUUGAGUCCAGAGCUCUUUCCGUUACCUUCAUCUAACAUCCUGAUGGUUGAAGUUGAUAACGUCCAACACGAACAGUUUACUGUCACAGAGGAGGUCAAGGCUCUAACAGCAGAGAUAGUGAAGACCAUCAGAGACAUCAUCGCACUCAACCCUCUGUACAGAGAGUCGGUCCUUCAGAUGAUGCAGGCUGGUCAGAGAGUGGUUGAUAAUCCCAUCUACCUCAGUGACAUGGGAGCAGCUCUGACAGGAGCAGAGUCACAUGAGCUGCAGGACGUCCUGGAGGAAACUAAUAUCCCAAAACGUCUCUAUAAGGCUUUGUCUCUGCUAAAGAAGGAGUACGAGCUGAGUAAACUGCAGCAGCGCCUUGGCCGGGAGGUGGAGGAGAAGAUCAAACAGACCCACAGGAAGUAUCUGCUUCAGGAGCAGCUCAAGAUCAUCAAGAAGGAGCUGGGUCUGGAAAAAGAUGACAAAGAAGCGAUUGAAGAGAAGUUUAGAGAGAGAUUAAAAGACAGAACUGUCCCUCAGCACAUUAUGGAUGUCAUCAAUGAAGAACUCAACAAACUGGGCCUGCUGGACAACCACUCCUCAGAGUUCAAUGUAACCCGCAACUACCUGGACUGGCUGACCAGCAUGCCCUGGGGCACCAACAGUGAAGAAAACCUAGCCCUGGAGAGAGCCAAAGAAGUACUGGAGGAAGACCAUUAUGGAAUGGAUGAUGUUAAAAAACGCAUACUGGAAUUCAUAGCGGUGAGUCAGCUUCGUGGCUCCACCCAAGGGAAGAUCCUCUGUUUCUAUGGUCCUCCAGGUGUAGGAAAGACCUCCAUCGCCCGCUCCAUUGCCAGAGCACUCAACAGACAGUACUUCAGGUUCAGCGUGGGAGGCAUGACCGACGUGGCUGAAAUCAAAGGACACAGGAGGACAUAUGUUGGAGCCAUGCCUGGAAAGAUCAUCCAGUGUCUGAAGAAAACUAGGACUGAGAACCCUCUGGUGCUCAUAGAUGAGGUGGAUAAAAUAGGCCGUGGUUACCAAGGCGAUCCAUCGUCUGCGCUACUGGAGCUUUUAGACCCUGAACAGAACGCCAAUUUCCUUGAUCACUACCUGGAUGUUCCAGUGGACCUGUCAAAGGUUUUAUUUAUCUGCACAGCCAACGUGAUUGACACCAUCCCAGAACCUCUCAGAGACCGAAUGGAAAUGAUCAAUGUGUCUGGAUAUGUGGCCCAGGAGAAACUGGCCAUCGCUGAGCGUUACCUGGUCCCUCAGCUUCGUACGCUCUGUGGCCUGACGGACGAGAAGGCCUCCAUCUCUGCUGAUGCCCUCAGUCUGCUCAUCAGGCAGUACUGCAGGGAGUCUGGAGUCAGGAACCUGCAGAAACAAAUAGAAAAGGUGUUCCGUAAAGUGGCGUUCUGCAUCGUAAAUGGUGAACAAACCUCUGUGACUGUCACCCCUGACAACCUGCAGCAGUAUGUGGGUAAACCUGUUUUCACAGUGGACCGCAUGUAUGAUGUCACGCCACCAGGAGUGGUCAUGGGACUGGCGUGGACUGCUCUGGGAGGCUCGACGUUGUUCAUUGAGACGUCACUGCGCCGGCCUUCUGGAGGAGCAGAAGCUAAAGGAGAGGGUUCACUUGAGGUCACAGGACAGCUUGGUGAUGUUAUGAAGGAAAGUGCAAAGAUUGCUUCAACCUUUGCCAGAGCCUUCCUCAUGAAGCAUGAACCAGAGAACAACUUCCUGGUCAACUCUCACUUGCACCUGCAUGUCCCUGAGGGGGCAACUCCCAAGGAUGGGCCCAGCGCUGGCUGCACUAUUGUCACAGCACUGUUGUCCCUGGCAACCAACCGGUCUGUGCGUCAGAACGUAGCCAUGACUGGAGAGGUGUCACUAACAGGAAAAAUCCUGCCAGUAGGAGGGAUCAAAGAGAAAACUAUAGCAGCUCGUCGUGCUGGUGUUACCUGCAUCGUUCUUCCAGAUGAGAACAGGAAGGACUUCUCUGACCUGCCAGACUACAUUACAGAAGGCCUUGAAGUCCACUUUGUGGACCACUACAACCAAAUCUACCCCAUUGUGUUCGCACAGAACUAGUUUGAAGCAGCUUUUUACAAGAGAACAAGAGAUGUUACAGCAUCAGUCUGGUUGAAGAGGUAAAAUCAAGUUCUUAUUUCUCACUGAGGACACUGUCCUGUAGUGGGACUGAACCUACAUUAUCUUCUCCAAGAUAAUCCAGAGAAACAUUCCCUACAUGUUAACAGCUGCCACAGGACCCUGACUGAAGAAGGAAGGGAGGAAUGGUACCAUCACUGAAUUGGGACAAUAAGCCAGCUGUGCCAAAGAUGAGCAGGGAGGAUGUCAGGAUGUGACAUUACUGAUUAGUUUGCUGCCAGGCAGCUUCUUUACCCACAGCUCUGUGGAUGGACUCUUUCAUAAAUUGUUUUAUAUGCUACCAUAUAUGAGGAUGAUGACAUUUCAAUAAAUUAAUGAGUAUUAAAAAUCUCUGAUGGCUGCUGGUUUCUGUUCUCAUCAACCUGUGAGCUCAUGGAGGGAUUUUAUGUUUAUUGUUUACACAUAAGUUGUGGUUUGUUUUUUUUUCUUGUUUUUUUUUGUCGCAAAGAGUGGAAGUGUCUAGAUAUGUGUGUCUGUAUUAGUGUGGUAUAAUUUUACCCUCACUUUAACAGAUAAACCCUCUCAAAUAAUAAACAUUUAACGAUG